AACCCACCCGUUGAAUUUACAGGUCUAAUUGCAAAUGCAAUGAUGAAAACAAAAACAUUAGCUACUGUGGCCAUUUAGCAUUGAUUGGUGAUGAACAAUGAAUGAUGAUGCAAAAUGGAUUCGUUGUUUUCUAUCUGUUUUAUCUUUCCCUUUAUUUCACUUAAGUGUUUUUCCUUUCGACCCAAGUAAUCACGAGAAACCCUUGAAAAAUUCAUCUGCUAAAACCACACCUUUUAUUACAAAUAAUAAUAAUAAUAAUAAUAAUAAUAUCAAAAGAUGCCGUGAAAAGAAAAUUGCACCCAAAAUAUUUCCAAAUUCCAGGCAUUUAGAUUUUAGCUCAUCAUUUCAACCCAUUUUUUUGAAUUUUGAUUUGAUUUUCGUUGCUUUUUUUUUUUUUGAGUAAUUCAUGAAACCCAUCUUCCCUUUUCCAAUCUUGUUCAAAUCCCAUGUUUUCGAAUCAGUUCAUGAAGUUCUUGAAAUCAACCCAUACAUUCAGAAGGAAAAUACCUUUUGAUUGUUUGUUUUAACCCUUUUUAAAAGCCUGAAAAAAGCCAUGGGAACCUCAUGUUUCAAUGGUUUUCGCCUUCGAAAAUCGAGGAGCAAGCAUUUACAACUCCCAUCAUCGUCGGCGAAAGCACGGCUAAAUUCCGAUACGGUGAAUAUAGAUAAGAAGAGAUUUGAUAGCUUGGAAUCAUGGUCGAUGAUUUUGGAUUCGGAGAAUGUGGAAACGUGGGAAGUUUCGAAGGAAGACCAAGAGGAAUGGACGGCUGAUCUUUCUCAAUUGUUUAUAGGUAAUAAAUUUGCUUCUGGUGCUCAUAGUAGGAUUUAUCGUGGGAUUUAUAAGCAGAGAGCUGUUGCUGUAAAAAUGGUGAGGAUCCCUCAUCAUAAGGAAGACACUCGAUUACAGCUUGAGCAACAGUUCAAAUCUGAAGUAGCUUUGCUCUCACGCUUGUUUCAUCCCAACAUAGUUCAGUUUAUUGCUGCUUGUAAGAAGCCACCUGUGUAUUGUAUUAUCACGGAAUACAUGUCACAAGGGACUCUGAGGAUGUACCUAAACAAGAAAGAACCGUACUCGCUUUCGACGGAGACGAUACUGAGGUUAGCUCUCGACAUAUCUCGAGGAAUGGAGUAUCUUCACUCGCAAGGUGUGAUCCACAGAGACCUCAAAUCGAAUAAUCUGCUGCUAAACGAUGAGAUGCGGGUUAAGGUGGCGGAUUUUGGUACAUCGUGUUUAGAAACACAGUGCCUCGAAACGAAAGGGAACAUGGGAACGUACCGCUGGAUGGCGCCCGAAAUGAUUAAAGAGAAACCCUAUACUAGGAAAGUCGACGUGUACAGCUUCGGGAUCGUGUUAUGGGAGCUUAUGACGGCUUUGCUUCCUUUCCAAGGAAUGACACCAGUGCAGGCUGCUUUUGCUGUGGCUGAAAAGAACGAACGACCUCCGUUGCCGGAGAGUUGUCAACCCGCACUUGCACACCUCAUAAAGCGCUGUUGGGCAGCGAACCCUGCAAAGCGACCAGAUUUCUCCGACAUUGUUUCCACCUUGGAAAAGUAUGAUGAAUGCGUCAAGGAGGGCCUUCCGUUAACUUCCCACUCGGGACUGGUUAGCCGAAACGUCAUCCUCGAACGAUUAAAAGGAUGUGUAUCUAUGAGCUCUUCGAUACCAGUACAGGCUUGACUCUUUGUAGAAGAUGUUGGUAUUGCUAUAGCUCUUAUGGUUAAAGAUUAUUUCAUAAUAAUUUGUACAUAUUUGAUGUUCUUUUAAUUAACCAAAGGCUGAAAAGUUGCUACAUAGAGUGAUUUAGGAUUUGAACCCAUUAUUCUAUUGUUCGUUAUGUAAAUUGAUUCUAUUGAAACAAUAUGAUUUAAAUAUAUGCUUACAAUUUGAUUGUUUUUUUUGAA